AAAGAAGACCACAGUGGACCCUGACUCCGAGAACGAGCAUGCUACCCGCCCCGCCCAUGACGUUGACGUGAACGUGGGAGCCGAACAGAGUGAUGAUAAGUUCUGCCUGCCCGUUCUCUGCCCGUCCUUUGACGCCUUGACCCUCUGAGUGACUUGCUCUGGACACAGCAUAUACACAGUACAUACUCUCUAACCAUGCGCCUGAUAAUCAGAGACGAUCCAGGCACCGCCUCCAAGUACAUUGCCGACUACAUUAUUGAGCGCAUCAAGACGUUCAACCCCAGUCAGGAGCGACCCUUUGUGCUGGGUCUGCCCACGGGAAGCAGCCCUGUCUUGAUAUAUCAAUACCUCGUGCAGCGCCACAAAGCCGGCGAGAUAUCGUUCCGCAAUGUGGUCACUUUCAAUAUGGACGAGUACGUCGGGAUUCCACGAGAACACCCGGAAAGCUACCACAGCUUCAUGUACAAGCACUUCUUCUCGCACGUAGACGUCCGGCCCGAGAACAUUAACAUUCUCAACGGCAAUGCUCCGGAUCUGGAAGCCGAAUGUCACGCAUACGAGGAAAAGAUCGCCAACGCAGGAGGUAUCGAGCUGUUCCUGGGCGGUAUUGGACCCGAUGGGCACGUUGCCUUCAACGAACCUGGCUCCAGUCUCAAGUCUCGGACGCGUGUGAAGACUCUUGCCUAUGACACUAUCCUUGCGAAUUCGAGGUUCUUCGGGAACGAUCUGGAUCAAGUCCCCAGGAUGGCACUGACGGUUGGGGUCCGAACAGUUUUGGAUGCUCGUGAAGUAGUGAUUAUCAUCACUGGGGCGCACAAGGCUUUGGCUUUGCAGAAAUGCAUCGAGGAAGGCAUCAACCACAUGUGGACGCUCUCGAGCCUCCAGCUACACCCCCAUCCAAUGAUCGUCACUGAUGAGGAUGCCACCCUGGAACUCAAAGUCAAGACUGUCAGGUACUUCAAGAGUAUCGAAAAGGUCGCAACUGAGCAAGGUUUCCGGCAGAUGCUUCCCAGAAUCAAGAAGCGCGACUCUGUUCAUGAAACAGAUGGCCUUCUACCUGCGCCCCAGCCCCAGCGCAACGGGCUGACGCUUGCCGUGCCGCCUCAAGAUAUUUCCCGCUCAGCUAGUCCUGCACUGGAACCCAUGAGCGCACGAAUCUCCGACAGCGAGGCAAGCGCGUUGCGGGCCGUCGAUCUCAAUAGCGAGCUGCAGUUUGCCCCGAUGAGCGCUCGUGUCGCGGGUUGAGAUAAGCAUCGAAGGAUUGCCUAGGAUUGCCGGAGUCCGGACACUCGUUUUGUUUCGUUUCGAAUUGAUCAUUUGUUUUGCCUAUAGUC